AGCAAGGGCCAGCAUCCACGAGCUCAGCGGGCGGACCUGUGCGUCGAUUCGGUGUGUGAGGAUGUCUCUGUACCGAAACUCUGCGUGGUUUCUCAAAGGACUCACAGAAUUCACCAAGGGGGCGUUUGUGUCGGAGUCUAAAAACUUUGUGGAGAAAGACCUGGAGACAUCGGUGGCUGGCCGGUCCUUCAUGAUCACUGGUGCAAACAGCGGCAUCGGUAAAGCGGCUGCCAUGGCCAUCGCCAAGAAAGGUGGUACAAUCCACAUGGUCUGCAGAAACAAAGACAAAGCAGAAGAAGCCAGAGCUGAGAUUGUCAAAGAUUCUGGAAACAAAGAAAUCUAUGUGCAUAUUUUGGAUCUGUCCGAAACCAAGAAGGUUUGGGAGUUUGCUGAGUCUUUUAAGAAAAAGUACAAAACCCUCAAUGUUCUGAUCAAUAAUGCUGGCUGUAUGAUGACCAGGAGGGAAGAUAAUGGUGAAGGUUUGGAGAAAAGCUUUGCAAGUAAUUCCAUGGCUGUGUACAUCCUCAUCAAGAGUCUCAUUCCACUGCUGGAGAAGAGUCCUGACCCUCGAGUGAUAACAGUGUCAUCCGGUGGGAUGCUGGUGCAGAAACUACGGACAGGGAACCUGCAGUCUCAGAGGGGACGAUAUGACGGCACUAUGGUGUAUGCACAGAACAAGAGGCAGCAGGUUGUGAUGACGGAACAGUUUGCUAAAGCUCAUCCCAACAUACAUUUCUCUGUGAUGCACCCCGGCUGGGUCGACACACCAACUAUUGCAAAUGCAAUGCCUGACUUCCACAGCUCCAUGAAGGAGCGUUUACGGACACCAGAACAAGGGGCAGAUACGGUCGUGUGGCUCGCUGUGUCUGAGGCUGCUGUCAAGAGCCCCAGCGGGCAGUUUUAUCAGGAUCGACGGAUGGUGUUGGCUCACCUUCCUUUGGCCUGGACACACAGUUCACAGCUGGAAGAUCAGAAGUUUAUGAGCGUGAUGGAUGAACUGGCCAAGAGCUUCCAGCCUCACUAAAUCUGUCCAGCACACAAAACUACAGAUGUAGAACACUAACACACAAAGUCCUGUAUUGUUUAACUGUCUAAUGUGUAAAAGACGUGUGGAUGUGCUUACAAUAAAAACCUCACAUCAACAGUUACAUGAAAUGACCUGCAGAACUCUGAAAGGUGUGAGAGACUUUCAGGUUGCUCAAUAAAUUCUUAAUCAUGCUCAAGCCUGUUAUUAAACCGACUAGGUUGAUAUUUAUUCACAUUCUCCCCUAUGAUUGGUUCCUGCAGACACAGGAUUGGUUCUUUUCCAACAGCUUACUAGUCACAGCACUACGUGAUCAAUCUCAGCCAAUCGCAGUGCGCUUCUGCUCACACUGUGCCGGUGACUUCAACGAAUCAGGUCAUUCGGGUGGGAACCCGUUCUGACCGGAGUCACCCCAGCUGUCAAUCAAUCACUCACAGCCAAUCACCUGGUGGUGUCUAGGAAGCUGACGGGAAGGGACGGUGUCACCUGAUGUUCCACAGAAUGAGGAAGUGAUUGUGUUAAAAAAAGAAAAAAAUCAUUAUCUGUCCUGAUAAUAACAUUUAAUGACAUGUCUGAAUAAACAGACUGGAUAAUUAUUAAUUAUAACAUGACUGUACUUUGACACAUUUCUUGUCGAGCCUUAAUAAACAUGUUCAAGGUG